UUUGAGUUCAAUGACUUAAGUUAAGCUUUCGUCUUUUGGACUUCAACGCGUCAUGACGUCGUUAGCCCGGCUAGCUUGUGUUAGCAGUCUUUAGCCGGUUUGCUAGCUGCUGUUAGCUCAUGUUAGCUGCUUUUGAUUAGUGAUUUGUCUUUACUUAACCGCUGCCUGCUGCCUUUACUCUGUAUUUUUGUCUUCACAUCGUGCUUGCUACCUUGAACGUGUUAAAAGUGUCUUUACUGUGUGUUGAGCUAAUGCUCGCCACCUUUUAGCUUGCGUUCGUCGCUUUUAGUUUGUGUCAGCUGCCUUUCGUUAGUGCGAGUCUAAAUUACCCUGUCAAGCUUCACUUUUUGUAAACAGUGUCUUGUUGCAGCCUUUGGCUCGGAAUGAAGAGUGCAAGUGACAAAGUGGAGAUGAAUGACGUCAAGCUAGAAGAACAAAACUUUGCUGCUGGAGGAGCCGAACCGCCGCAGUCCAAAGCGAACGUCGGCUCGUCCAAGCGGCGCCACCACUGCUCGCUAUGCGACCGAGAUUUCUCAUGUCCAUCCCGCCUCUCCGACCACAUGGCAGCGCACUUUGGCGAGAAGCCGCACGUGUGUCACGUGUGCGGCAAGCGCUUCAGCAAGAAGAUCAACGUGAAAGUCCACCAGAGGGUGCACACGGGCGAGAAGCCAUACUCGUGCCCCGACUGUGGCGUCAGCUACGCCCAACUGGGCUGCCUGCGCCGCCACCGCCUGCGCCACACCCCUCAGAAGCAGCACCUCUGCUCUGUGUGUGGGCGUGGCUUCCUACAGCACCGUUACCUGAUACAGCACCAGCGCACGCAUACGGGUGAGCGGCCCUUCGCUUGCCUGCUCUGUCCUAAGCGUUUCGCCUCCACUGCCGGCCUGGCCGAGCACCGCCGCUCACACACGGGGGAGAAUGUCUACUCGUGUUCCGUGUGCCACAAGGUCUUCUCUACGCCUUCGGCCUUCCGUGACCAUGCAACACUGCACACGGGCCGCAAGUCACACCCUUGCUCGCUGUGCAGCAAGAGCUUCAACAGACCCGGCCUGCUCAGGAAACACCUGCUCAAACACAUACAGCACUCAACGCUGGCUGAUGGUGGUGUUGCCGCAGCUUCGAAUGGCGAGGAAGAGGAGUGCUCCCAAGAGCAGCCUUCAUUGCCAGGAGGAAGCGGUAAGAAGAAGAGGAAGAAGCUCCAUGUGUGUGACCUCUGUGGGCGGAGCUUCUCCAGACCCUACAAGCUGAAGGAGCACCUGGAGGUACAUGGUGCCCAGAAGCUGCAUAGCUGCUCGCUGUGCGGGAAAUCCUUCGCCAACGCCACCAACCUGAAAGCUCACGAGAAGAUCCAUGUAGCAGACAGGCCACACGCCUGUAGUGUCUGCUCCAAGCGCUUCCUGCGGCCUUAUGAGCUGCGCAAACACAUGAGGAUCCACGUCCGCGAUGGCCUGGUGGACAACCCUGACAGCUCCACCCUGGAACAACCCGAGAGUGUGCUGGUGGUGGCGGCGGCGGCAGCGGCAGCGGCAGCGGCACUACUUCCUGCUAACAGCAUUAACAUGGAGGAGGACGACAUGCAGAAUCAGCUGCUUGGUAACCACAGCAACAAGGACGCUGCAGUGGAGGACGUUGAUGUCAGGGUGGCGAGCGAAGACGAAGGUGUUAGCGGUCUGAUUAACUCAGAUGGUGAAGAAGAAGACUGGAGCCCUGCCGUGACCCCAGACGACAGCAGGGAGGUCCAAUCGGACGAGGACAAGCGCAGGCACCGCUGUCCCGUCUGCGGUCGCGACUGCUUCAAGGCGUCGGCACUGCAGAAGCACCUUCGUAUCCACUCGGGAGAGCGUCCCUUCCAGUGUGCCACCUGCGGGAAGAGCUUCACACAGCAAGUUCACCUGAAGGAGCACCAGCGGAUCCACACGGGCGAGAAGCCGUACUCGUGUGCUGAGUGCGACAAGCGCUUCACCUUCUCCAGUGCCCUACGCCGCCACCAGCGCCUGCACGCCGACACGCGGCCAUACACGUGCGCCGUGUGUGGCAAGACCUUCAAGCAGCGAGGCUCGCUCAAGAGCCAUCAACUGACCCACUCGGGAGUCCGCCACCAGUGUCCCGUGUGUAACAAGAGCUUCAGCCGCCCACGGGAACUCAGCUACCACAUAGACAUGCAUGCCGCCAGCCGCCCCUAUUUCUGCCACGCCUGCAUGAAGAACCUGAGCAGUGCCCGCGCCUUCCGUAAGCACAUGAAGCGGCACGAGCCAGCAACCUUGCCGCCUCAGCUGGACGCCGCACAGAUGAGCCCGUCUGGUUUGGACAGUGCUAAGCUCGGCUAAUGGACCCAGUGUUGGGGUCUUUGUGACGGGACCGCAUGAUGAUGUCAAAGCAACUGUUGCCACGGCAACAACAGCAACACACUAUAAAAUAAAGAAGAAAAAGUCAACACUUGAUAAACAACACUUGUUAAC